UCAUUUUCCCCUUGAAAACCCGCCAUGUGGGGUUUCACAUUCUGAACCUCAUCGACCAAUUCACGCUGUUCAUCAAUCUUACUUCAUGGCAAAGCGAAACUGCGUCCUUGUUCUCUCAUCGGAUGAAGAAGAAGACUGUUCCAAAACUCGUUCAUUCACUUCGGCCCGCAAAAACCCCAAAUCAACCUCCAUUUCAACGGCUUCCAGAGGAAGAAAGAAGGCCCGUGUUUCCAGUUCUGCCCCUCGGUCUAACCUUUAUGAGAUAAACUUAUUUGAUGAUGACUUCAAUCAAGUGUUUACUGGGUCAAAGUGGUGCCUUUUCAACUCUGUAUGCAUCAGGUACUCAAAAGAGCAAUUCAGAGGAACUUUGGGUUGAUAAAUACAAGCCCAAUUUGCUCAAAGAACUUGCUGUUCACAAGAAAAAGGUUGAAGAAGUUAAGAUGUGGUUUGAAGAAAGGUUGAAACCUUCAAAGGAUGUCUACAGAAAUAAUGUUCUUGUCGUCAGUGGGCAGGCAGGAGUUGGAAAAUCUGUUGCUAUUCACGUAAUUGCGUCUCAUCUGGGUGCAGUGGUAUGCGGAUGGAACACACCUACGCCUGUAAUUUGGCAAGAGCAUCUUUAUAACUCUGGAACAGAGACAAAAUACACUUCCAAGUUGGAUGAAUUUGUAAGUUUUGUUGAGAGAAUACGGAAAUAUGGAUUAAUACCUUCUUCCUUUAAUGGGGAGUCAAAGCCUUCCAUCAUAUUUUUAAUAGAUGAUCUUCCAAUGAUGCAUAGUAAAGCUGCUUUUGGAAGACUUAGAGAUUGCUUGCACCUUUUGGUACACACAACUCAGAUACCCACAGCCAUAUUGGUAACGGAUUAUGGCAAUGCUGAUUCAGCAGAUUAUAAUGCUCGAUCCGUGGAAGAACUGAAGACAUCUCUAGAAAGCUCUGGGGCUUGUAAGGUCGCAUUCAAUCCAAUUACAGUUAAUUCUAUUAAGAAGAUACUUUUUAGAAUAUGUCAAAUGGAGCAGUGUGAUGUGACUGCUGACCAUGUUGAUCUAAUAGCAAAAGCAAGUGGAGGUGACAUCAGACAUGCAAUUACUUCUUUACAGUUUUUCUGUCUGAAACCGAAUCAAGUGCAUUCUUUGUCUCUAUCUACUCACAGUCCCCAUGCAUUUAAAGAUGAAAGUAAUAAACCUGUUGAAUCAGAUGAUGGAUCUUCCUUGUACUUUGGCAGAGAUGAGACACUAUCUUUGUUUCACGCCUUAGGGAAAUUUUUGCACAAUAAGAGAGAGACUGGAGUUGCAUUAGAAUAUGACCGAAAUGACUUUUUCAUACAAGAAAGGUUUUCAAGGUUACCUUUAAAAAUGGAUGUCCCAGAGAAGAUUCUUUGUCAAGCCCAUGUGCAACCUGGUCCAGUUGCUGAUUUUCUGCAUGAAAAUGUUCUAGAUUUUUUGGAUGAUGAGGCAGUAGAAGAUGCGUGGCUUUUGUCUUCAUAUCUAGGUGAUGCUGACAUUCUUCUUGCCAAACUUCGGGGAAUGCUAUCUAGUUAUAAUGAGGCAGAGAGUAUUUUACAGUCAGCUGCUGCAUCAAUUGCCGUUCGUGGGGUGCUAUUUGGAAAUUCUCGUCCACUUUCCUCCAGGUGGCAUGCAAUCCGUCGGCCAAAGCUUUGGCAGGUUGAGAAAGAAUCAUCAUACCACAAGAAUGAGAUGUUUAGGCAGAGAGUCCCUGCUUGUAAUCAGUUGAGUUCUUAUCAUAUGUCAAUUAUGGCCACAGAAUACAUGCCUAUGUUUAAAUUGCUUGGAAAUAGGGUUGGUAGUGGAUACAAUGAACUAGAUCAGGAAUCAGUGCAGAACUUGGAUACAGAAAAUUUUGAAAUUAACAAAAUGAGUAUAGAUGAUGAAGCAAUGGAGAUCUCUGAUGAUGACAUAGAAGAUUGGUAGGCGUGUAACAUGUAAUGCAAGAGGUUGUGUAGUUUGCAGACCUUCCUUUGAUGUUUGUAAUUUCUAUUAGACAGUUAUGUUCUCAUUGUGUGUCCAGUGUUGAUUAAGGCUGAAUCAUCUUAGGGAAUGACAAGUUUUUUGUGAAUAUAGGAGUUUUUCUGAUGUAUGCUUGAUUACAAGCCAAUUGUAACUGUGCUCUCAGAUCUUGGUGGAAUUGUGGGUUUGGGAUACAAGUGCUUAAUGAUAAUGUAUCACUGUAAAUACCAACUUUGUUACUUGCGAAUCUUAUAUGAGUUCAAGUAACAUCGUUUAUGUGUGCAUUGGUAAUGUAGUGGUGGAUCAGUCUCUUUUGGUUUUUAUUU